AUGGCUCCUCGGUUUCGCCCUCUGUUCCUUCCUGCGCUCCUUUCUUCUUGGUUGCUUCUUUUGGUCGUUGCAACCAUUGGUGGCUCGGCUUCUGAUUUUGACGUGGUUCAGCUUGCUGAUCGCGUUUUUCGAUUCUCUGUGUCUAGUAAGCUUGUUGGCUUUCACAUUGUCAAGCUCAAGAGUUUUGAGUCUUCCUGCUUCAAAAUUUUCUUUCAUCUGCGGAGUAAUGGGGGACCUCGUUGGGAGCUUGAAUUUGCUAACUAUUGCAAAGAAGAAGCAUCUUCCUGGUCUGAAAUCAGAAGGAGCUCAUCUUCACCUCAGCAACAGCCUCCUUCAAUUGCUUCUAAAAACUUCGUCAGACAGCGUUCUUUUGCAGAGGCAGUAAAGCUUGGUCAUUUGACAGGGGCCAAUGCAAUUCCUAUGAGAGUUUCUGCAUUCAACAGAUUAGAGUUUCCAAAUAAUUUCAGGCAUUCCGAGGCCACUGAUCAGCAGCAGAUUCAUUCAGACCAUGCAAAGUCCUCAUCUAGUUUCAGUCAAGCUGGAAACGGCGGAGUCAACAGGGCUGCACGCCCCAAGGCCCUUCAAGUCGCAGUAAUGGAAAAAGAGACCUCGCGCAGCCCAAAUGGUUCUCUGAAGACGCGCAUAGGACUCUUGGGCCGGGGACAAGCAGCCCACCACGAUUUCAAUCCUUCUCGGAUUGCUGCCACAGUCCACCAAGAAAACCUCCAACAGCAUUCUGCUCUUGCCACCCAAUCCUUCCCAGCGGAGCGCUCCGACGUGAUCAUGGCGUUCCAGAGGGCGGACCCGCGGCCGUUCCUGUCGCGCGGGAUGACAUGGGAGGACGUCCCAAAUCGACCACUAAUGGUUCGUGCUGUCACAAGCUCCCGUCCGCAGCCGCAGAAUGAGAAUGUGGCAAUCGCAACGAUCACGCCAUUGCCUGGUAACCCUCUGAACUUUGCAGUAGUCAGAGAAGUUCUCAGAGAGUUCUUGGAAGACAGGGAGCAUGUGCCAUUAGUGGACAUUCAGCCGUGCCAUGUAGGACAGGCGUAUGUACGUUUUCUUUUCGGAAUAACUAUGAUAGAGACAACUAUGUUCUAG